GUGUCAAUCAUGUCAAUCAACGUCUUUAUCAAACAUUGAUGUAAAGUUUUUGGAGCUUUUUAAUGGUGAUGGAUUGUAGCUGAAGUUCAUAUUUGAGUCACUAUGGUAUCUAAAACAUCUCUAUAUAGACAAGAGUAUCGUCCUGCUUCUCUUGUUAAAAAUAUACCAACGUAUUAUGAGUCCCUAACUUAUCGGCACCACCGACGUGAGCUUGAGUAUGCUCACACUCCUAUUUCUUGGGAUGCAGAUUUAGAUGAUAAAUCUGAGUCACCACAGGAAGAUGCCAUACCUAUUUCAGAACUGAAAAUAGAGGAGGAAGAAGAGGAGAAUAAGGUUGUAGACAAAAAGGAAGAGAUUAAAAAUAAGGAGACAAAUGAUGAAGAAAAAAUAUUGAGAGAAGAGGAUGAUAAAAAGGAGAAGAUUAAUGUGAAUAAUUGUGAAGAAGAAGAAAAGAUAGCUGUGAGUAACGCUGAACAGAAAAGGCCUGUAAGUGCAGUCAAGAAAUCGGAUGUAUUGGUUGAAAAGCAAACUUCGGAGACCAGAGAACUGACAAAACUGGCCAAGGAAAAAUUAAAGAAAUAUAGCAGCAUGGAGAAUAAAAAUACUAGCAAAUUAAAGCCAUCACAAAGUAAAAACAAAGUAACAGAGGAUUUUCUAAGACCCAAGCAUGCUGAUGAGAAAAUUUUUGAAAAAAGGCCAAAGCGACCUGACAGAAGUGGACAAAUACCAUCUCGUCCUAAAACAGCCUGCUCCUCAUCCCUGCCGAGGGAAUCUGUGCCUCGCCUCUCAUUAGGCUCCCCCAGACCCCUCUCUGCUGCUUCCUGUGAUAAACCUCCUUUUGUUCUUUAUGGCAGUGGAGACACUGAACUAGAAACAGGACACAAAAGAACUUACAAUGUCCACUGUUCUACUGAUAUCUACCCCACUGCAGUUAAAGCCAGACAGCAACAUUACCUUAGAGCCAAAAAGUUGGAGGACCUAAGGAAAAAAAUACUUCUUCAGAAAAAGAAACACAAGAACGCAUUUGCAAACAAAAUCUCCAAGGAAACCACAGGUUGGUGUAGUGAAUAUCAGAACCAGUACCCAACUUACGAUAACGAAGAGUACGCCAGGCGACUAAGGGCGCUGGAAUUCGCAAGGGCUCGGAAAGUCAAGUGUGAUCUGUAGCAAAGGAAACAAAGGUCUCAAGUGUUAUAUUCAUUGUUCUUUGCAUGAUAUAUAUGCAUUGUAGAAGUUAUGUUUAUGACAAAUAGUUUAUGUAUACACUGAAGAUGUAUAUUUGACCUCAUACUUUUUUUUUUAGUUCCAGAUAAAUAUCUUGUAAUGUGAAUAUGUUAUUUCUUCUUUCCACCCUAUCAUUUUGUAUUUCAUGCAAUCAGACAUUUAUUGAUUAAAUAUAUCCUUUCUUUUCUGCUGCACAGAAGAGACAGAAAAAAUGAAUUUAGAAAAAUACAGCGAUGAAAAUAAAACUUUUCAUUACAUUUUCAACAGUGAAAUACUGUAAUUUAUGCAUUGAAUAAAAUUGAUAUUUUCAUAGGUACAAAUAAAUUUGUAAACUUGUAGAAAUAUCAGUGUCAACAAUGGUUUCACAAUGUACAUUCGUGUAUUUCUUGAACAGCCAGAGAUACAAAAGUACACAUUUUUGCUAUUCUUAAAUUAUUAUUCAUAUUUUGAUAUUGGCUGUCAAAAGUUGUUUUACCUGCAGUUUUCACUUUUAGUAUUACAUGUGUUAAAGUAUUAGAUUGUUGUUAUAUUUUUAAAUCAUUGUACAUGUACUUCUAGUAAAGGACCAAGUUAUUAUGAUAUUCAUAUUUACACAUGAAAGAAUUAUUAAUAGAUGAAGAAUAACCAUUUACUUAAAUAAUUUUACAUUAUGAUCACUUAUAUUUACAAGGUCUUAUUUUUGCAUGAAAACAGAAGUGAUCUUAAUUGAAAGAAAAAAUUUCCACUAAUUGUUGAUCGAGAAAUAUCUGCAGUUGAUUUUUACAUGUACAAAUAUUAUUGUCUGGCUAAAACACACAUCUGGUUAACAUAUGGUAAGUUUGUAGAAUAAUCUGUUAAAAUUACUAAUCCUAAAUAUAUAAAGGACUUUUUUAUGGCAUCUUGAGAGAAGCACUGAUCGCAAAAUAAAUUAUAAAUUUUGUUGAAAUACUAGUACCUGUUAAAUAACCCUCUCUACACUGCACACUAAAGGGGUCUAAUUUUGUGGUAUUUUUAUGCAGUUAGAGUAAUCUGCCCAUAGAUCUACUCAGUUUAUAAUCAAUUCAAGCAUUCUAAACAUUUAAAAGGUCAUGAUAAAAUACACUUUAUUUGCAUGUAUUUUCCUCACAAAAAUAAACAGCAUUGAUUUC